CAUGCGUGUUGGGGAGAAGGAGGAAACGAGUGUGGCUUUCCGGAGCCGAGGGAGGCAUGCAGGCAGCCCUGGAAGUAACCUUGCGGUACUGCCAUAAAGAAACUGAACAAUAUGGCCGGUGUGUUGCGGCUAACCCCUCUUCCUGGCAGCAGGACUGUCACCAACUCAAACUUGAUAUGGCCAAAUGCACAUCAUCCCACCCAAUUGUUCAGAAGAUUCGCCAAGACUGUGCUGAACCAUUUACUGCAUUCGAGCAGUGCCUUAAGACAAACCAGAGUUCCUCAAUCAAAUGUUCUGAACACCUCCAAAAAUUUCUCCUCUGUGCUGACCAGGUGAAACUGAAUACAUAAGUCCAGCUUUUUGAUUUCUUCAGCAGAAGCCUUGCUAUUCCUUGAAGUGGCAUUAAGACUAAAAGAUUUGGCCAGUGAUGGCACCAGCUUCUCAAUUAUCAUGAAGAUCUACAGGUAUCCUUCCCAGCCCUCAGCAUCAUUCAUUUAUGUGCAGCUGUCCAAGACAUCUCAGUUUGGCACAUUGAAAUUUAGCUGUGUUGGUAUGACAGUGGAACCUCAACUUUAUUUACAAACCCCAGUGUCUGGGGUAUAUAUUUUAUUAUGCCUGGAACUUUUGCAGGCACUAUGCAAUAAACUGCAAAGACCCCGAAUAAUC